AUGAAGACUAUGAUUCUACUGUUUUGUCUUCUGGGAUCAACUCAGUCAUUACCAAUGCAGCUCACCCCUGCUUUGGGACUUCCUCCAGCUCAGCUGGUUCCAGAUCAGACAACCCUACUGAACCAACAGCAUCCGAAUCAGGUCUUCCAUUCUUUAAGUCUAAUACCAUUGACACAGAUGCUCACGCUGGGGUCAGAUCUGCAGCUGCUAAAUCCUCCUGCAGGGAUGGCACCUGCUGCCCAGACCCUCCCACUGACCCUGGGGGCGCUAAACAUGCAGCAGCAGCUGCAGCCACAAAUGUUACCACUUAUUGUAGCACACCUUGGAGCCCAGGGAACUAUCCUAAGCUCGGAGGAACUGCCAGGAGCCCCACACAUCUUCACAGGCCUCAUCUUCCAGCCCUUGCUCCCCGGAGCUAUCCUGCCCAGCAGCCAGGCUAAUCCAGAUGUCCAGAACAGAAUCCUCCCUGCAGGACAAGCAGGAGUAAAUCCCUCCAUCCAGGGAACCGAGAGCCCCUUCCUGACCCCCGGCGGCACAGACACUGACGAUGACUUUGAAGUGACUACCCCUGCAGGCAUCCAGAGGGGGACACACAUUCCUGAGGGAACCACCACAGGGUCCCCAAAUGGAGUUCAGUAA